AUGAUUGGUAAUAAGGGAGACUCACUACAGAGAUGUAGUGCAGAGGACAACAAACUAUCCAGUGAAGCAAUAAACCCACCUUGCUAUAGGAUGCAACGCUUUAGAGAACAUCCUCACGCUAUACGCUUCGUAUUCUCAUGGAUGCUUCUGACUCAAACCCUACGUAACUAUGACACUGGGGCUUUACCAGUUUUACUUGGUGUUAUUACAGAAGAAUUUGGCUUACAGAAUGUUCAGCUUGGUCUGCUUGGUGCAGUACCAUAUAUUGCGGCAAUGUUUAUGGCUUUUAUUGUGAAUAGUCUACUACAAGUUUCAAGCCAAAAGUGGAUUAUUACUGUUUCUCUUAUUUUCUUAUCCGUUGGGCUUGCACUCAUGUUGGCCUCAACAUCGAGUGCUUUACUUUUUAUAUCAAGAUUUAUUAUUGGUGCAAUGCAAGCACCUCUAAGUAUUUAUAUGCCUGUAUGGAUUGAUGAAUUUACUCCACCAAAUAAGCUGACAGCUUGGAUGGGUGUUUCACAAAUAACGAUGAUUGUUGGGGUUGCCAUGGGAUAUUUAAUUACAGGUUUUACAAAAGGAUUUCAUAAUGGAUGGCGAUAUUCACUUGUUGUUCCCUGUGUAUCUUUAUUUAUACUUUCAAUUUGCUUGAUAUUCACCAACGCUGCAUAUUUCAAUGUGCCAUAUAACAAAUCUAAAGAACUUAAGAUAAACGUUGAAAAGAUAUCAUCAGCCAUAGCCAAUAACAUUAGACUUGAAAAUGAGAGUCAAGGUACAAGUGAUAUAUAUAUAAAUAUUUCUGAUAAAAAGCACAAAUUUUCACUUUGUUCAAUAGAAAUGGUUGAAAGCCCAAACACACUAUCUACAGCUAAUACCUCUAAAAGUAGCUAUGAUACUAAUAAUGAAGAGUAUUCCAAUUCAUCCAAUAAUUUCUCCAUCACUCCAAUGACAAAAAUUAUGUUUGAUAUGAGGAAGUCUCCUCCGAGUAUCGACUCAAUUAUAUCUACUUCACAGUCAAUUGAUAAUGAUGAGCCAAGAAGUUACUUUUCACCCAUAAAGACAGAGACAAAAGCUUUGAAUAUUUUUGUAAAAAGUUGCAGUGAAAAAACAACUGUGACAAUUGAGAAUUCUGUUUCUCCAUCUAUUUCUCAUUCUGUAUCACUAGCAGAUAUAACUACUGGAAUUUCUCCACUUUCAUCAUCAAAUCGCAUUUUUUUUGGGGUAGAGUCAUUUCUGUGCACAUCUAAGGACAAGAAUUCCGAAAUAGGUAACUCAAGACUUAAAAAAGUUACUAAAUUUUUUUCUUUUAAACGUUGGAAGCUCUUAUCUGAAAAUAAUAUUUACAUUCUAUCAGUGAUUGUACUUUCAAUAAUUUUUUAUACAGUAACAGCUGUACAAUACUGGACAACAAGAUUUUUGCAGCAGACAUAUAAUACAAAUGAAGGGAUUAUUUUGAUGUCAUUCUCAACCACUGCAGGAACAGCACCUACUGCAGGCAUUAUAGUAUCUGCCCUCUUAAUAGACUCAAUAGGUGGUUAUAAGACUCCAAAAGGACUAUUCUACACAAUGUUAUUUUGUCUAGGAUGUUCCAUAACUGCAACAGUAUUUGGUAUAAUUGCACUGGUUAUUGAUCACUUCUUUGCAACUAUUGCAGGAAUUUGGGGACUACUAUUUUUUGGGUCAUUUUUAGUUCCCCCAAUUACAGGUAUAUGUGUUGGUGUUGUUGAACUUCAAAUGAGGCAAUUUGCUGCUACAGUAUCGAUGAUUACCUAUCAUAUUCUAGGUUUUGCACUUGGAAGUGUCUUACCAGGUGCACUUUUACAAGUGACAGGAGUAUCAAGGCUUGGUAUGACCAUUGUUUAUGGCUUCCCUGGAAUUGGCAUAUUUUUCAACCUAAUUGCUUGUAUUAUUGCUUUUAAGAAAUAUAAGGAGUCGGGAUACUCUGACAAGUCUAACUUUCUGUAG